GCUUCAAGCUGUUGACCGGAGGGGAGCCAGGACUGACUGUACUUCAUAUCUGCUGUUUUAAGCUUUACUCACAGAAUGGCUUCCAGAUCAGAGGAGGAUCUUUGCUGUCCGGUCUGUCAGGAGGUCUUUACAGAUCCUGUUAUUUUGUCAUGUAGCCACAGCUUCUGUAAAGACUGUCUGAAGAGAUGGUGGAAAGAGAGACCAACACACGAGUGUCCAGUGUGUAAGAGGAGAUCUUCAAGGCCAGAACCUCCUUUAAACCGAGCUUUAAAGAACCUGUGUGAGUCGUUCUUACAGGAGAGAGAUCAGAAAGCUUCAGAGGCUCUCUGCAGUCUGCACUCUGAGAUAUUCAAACUCUUCUGUCUGGACCAUGAGCAGCCAGUCUGUGUCGUCUGCUGUGCCUCAGAAAAACACACCAACCACAGAUUCAGACCCAUCGAUGAAGCUGCACAACAACACAAGAAGGAACUUCAGGAAACUCUGGAGCCCUUAAAGGAGAAGUUAAAGAUUUGUGAAGAAGUUCAAGUGAAGUUUGAUCAAACAGCAAAACACAUUAAGGUCCAGGCCCGACACACAGAGAGGCAGAUUAAGGAGCAGUUUAAGAAGCUUCACCAGUUUCUAGCAGAUGAAGAGGAAGCCAGGCUGGCUGCACUGAGGGAGGAGGAGGAGCAGAAGAGUGGGAUGAUGAAGGAGAAGAUGGAGGCUCUGAGCAGAGAGAUAGCAGCUCUUUCAGACACAGUCAGAGCCACAGAGGAGGAGCUGAGAGCUGAACACAUCUCAUUCCUGCACAACUACAAGGCUGCAGUGGAAAGAGUCCAGCGCUGCCCCCUGCUGGAUGAUCCACAGCUGCCCUCAGGAGCUCUGAUAGACCAGGCCAAACACCUGGGCAACCUGACCUUCAACAUCUGGAACAACAUGAAGGACAUGGUCUCCUACACUCCUCUCAUUCUGGACCCAAACACUGCUCAUCCACAACUCAUCCUGUCUAAAGAUCUGACCAGUGUGAGACGACGAGAAGAGAGGCAGAAGUUUCCUGAUAAUCCAGAGAGGUUUGAUUAUUACAUCUCUAUCCUGGGCUCUGAGGGCUUUACCUCAGGGACUAACAGCUGGAAUAUGGAAAUUGGAGACAGUACAGGGUGGGUACUGGGUCUGUUAGCAGAAUCUGAUGAGAGGAAGGGAGAGAAACUGUCUGGAUUAUGGGGAAUACGGCACAUAUUAGAUAAAUACUACGCAGUCUCACCAUUGGCUCCAAAAACUCCUCUCUCAGUUCAUAAGAAGUUCCAGAAGAUCAGAGUGAAUCUUGACUGGAACAAUGGAAAGCUGUCAUUCUGUGAUCCUGAUACUAACACACACAUACACACCUUUAAUAACACUUUCACUCACAAAAUCUUUCCAUACAUUUACACUAAUGGUAAAGUGAAAGUUUUGCCGUUGAAGGUGUCAGUGUCAGUGGAGCAGAUGAGUUACGGCUGAUUAUAUUUCUAAUAUUUUUCCUGUCAGUGAAUUGGAUCUGGUAAAGUGCAGCUGUCAUCCUGCUGGCUCUGUCUGGGGGUUUACUAGGGAGGUGUUUCUUGGGUGAUCGACACGGGGCUGUCGUCAUGACCUGUCCUGAACAGAGUAAAGCAGUGAGGGAAUGGUACGCAGUAGGGGUUAAGUGGCUGUCCAGGGCAGCUCCUUCAGCCCUGCCACUUACAGCCAAUUCUAGCUGUGACUCCACAGUAAUUAUAAUACUGCACAGAUUUCAGAUUUCAAUACUUGCUGAAUACCUUCAGAAAUACCAGUCUGGAAAUGUACAAAGCUCAGCUAAUAAAAUUCAUGUAUUUCAAAUUUGUAUUUGGAAAUGUUGUCUUCAGCAAGUGUAAUGUUACCUAAUAAGUGAGAACAAUAUAAAAAUCAUUAUUGAGGACAUUUUUCUUCUGUUCAUGUAAACGAGUGUGUAAAUGCAGCACACUUUGUCAGGAUAUCUUUAAAGAAAACAGCAGGAGAGCUGCUGGCCUCCCUCAAAGCAGCAGUGCUCAUGGAAGAGAGCAAUGUAAGGAGAAGAAACAUGGAAACUACAGCUUUCAAUUUCUUUAUCUCUGGAACAUAAAGGCCUUCUAUUACUUUGUGUAACUAUGAGAGCCUGGACUUGGAUCCUUUCUCACAUUUUUAUAUUUUUUGGAUAGAUAUUUUUUAUUCACUGAUAAAAAUAUAAACUAGUACAUCUCU